AUGAUGACCACGCCCUUCAACGAAGUGUCCGGCGAUGGAACAUGCCAAACUAUUGAUAAAAUAGUUAGCAACUUUAUCUCUCAACAUCAUAAUAAGAGUCUAAACCCUCUUAGCCUUGCCAAUAUCUCCAUUUCCGAAUUUUCGACCGAAUUGUCGAAUCAUUUGUCGGUACUAAACGAGGGUGGCAGUAUUGCCUUUGGCCGUGGAGAAGAUUUGACUAGCAAGAGCCUGAGCAAGCUCAUAGAGAGCCUUUUCUCGAUUACAACACCGUCCGUGAGGGAAGGACCACCGUUGACCUGGACGAGCCUUGUUCUAUUUGCAGGUCCCCAGUUUGAGGGCCCAGCACAGCUUAAGGUCGGAAAGUCUAGCGUCGAGCUGUCAGAGAAUGACCUCAAACUCUUACUCUCUGGUAGGCCUUGGCGGUUUCUCUUCCCUUGGCCAGAUAAAGAUGAUUGUCAGAAGGAACUUCAAUCAAACGACACGGUAUUGCAGGAGCUUGUUGAUGCUCGGAAAGUAAUAGUCCAAGUCUUGGAACAAAUUUCACUUGUUGAGCAACAUCUCCGAAAUCAUCAGGAUUUAGUCUCUCGGCUUUCUGAAAAUAAGCACCACGUCAACAACCGAGGAGGAGCUCUACCCUUAGAUGGUGAUCAAUACACUGUUCCAAAUCAAGGUGUUUUUGGUCCUGUUGCCUCGACAGAACAUGAAAGCCCUGGUUACGAAGAUUCAUCAACCACCCAUACAACUGUCCAGCAUGCUAGCAAUGACCGGUCGGGUCAGCCAGUCAAUGAAGAGCUGAAUGAUCCAGCUCUACCAGAAGGUGCCAUUGCGAGGAAUGACUUGCAACGAGCUGGCUCAUGCCCUGAGAACGAUGCAAACCCAGGACCCAGGCUACACGCAUCCGACUUCAUUCAGAAUCUGAGCGAAAUCCUUGAUGAUCCGAAGAAUGGGGAAGUAAUGCGUUGGUCAGAAAAUGGACAAUCUGUCUUCGUUGCCCCGGAAAGCAAAUUUCCUGCGCAUAUACUUGCAAAGUUGUCUACUAAAAGUCACCAAUCUCUCGUUCGGCGGCUUUAUUACUAUGGAUUUCAUAAAACCGGGGGCGACUUCCAUCAUGAAUCCUUUAGUCGCGGUCAGCCUAGCUCUAUAGGACCAAAUCAGGAGAUGAGCCAAAGCCCUUCACGUCCCUCGCCUCCUCGCAAUAAUGCUUCUCAACGUGGGCCUCGGUACAAAGUGAUCAAAAGGAAGCGCCCAAGAGAAAGCAUUUGA